GCGUACACCGUGCAGACCGUGACGCUCUUCUUUGACUUUGCCGACGCUACGUCAUCGUUGUCUGUCACUGGCUUGUCGGCCAGCUGCCGGCGUCGAGCUUUCCACUCUCGAUCCCGGUACUCGGCGUCGGGACGAUGCAGCUGCGACAGCUGUUCUUCAACUUCAAACAACGUACCACUGAUAAUGGGCACACUUCUCUUUACCUCUUUUCGCGCCUAAAUGAGACUCGUCACUAUCGAGAAUCGUUGCGUCUCUGUAUAACGUUUCGUUCGAAUACGCGUAACUUUAGGUUAGAACCAAUCACUUUCGAUAACACCGUGCGAGAGUUGCAAUUCGAUUUUCGUGUUUUGUUUGUACACACACGUAGAUCUGACAACAAUUAGUUUCAAUUAACAAUUAACGACACUAUGUGAGAGUUAGAAUCCAAUAGUAGGCUGAUUUUUGUAUCUUCGUCGUGAAUACGCGUACAUUUACGAUCGAUUACUUGCGAAAACACCGUGCGAGAGUUAGAAUUCGAUUCUCGUAUCUUGCUUGUUAAUACGCGUAGGUUUACAAUCGAUUGUUUCGACAACACCGUGCGAUAAUUAAAAUUCUAUAGUAAUUCGGUUUCCGUGUCUUCCUUUUACGUAACCCUUUCAAUGCAGAAAUAGGUUACAAUAACUUUCUACAACACUGCUGUUAGAAUUCGAUGAUAAUUCGAUGGUAAUUCGAUAUCUACGACACGCGCGCUAAACUGUCCGCGUCGAUCACUUGUUACGCAGUUCCGCGUCGAUAAAAACGUAACUCGAACCAAUUAUGUAUCGGCUACCGGGUUACCACUAUUGACACAGUGACGGAUCCCGUCGGAUCACGGCAACGAAAAAUCAUCUUCCAGCGCGCGGGAAGAUCUCUCAAACACUCUCGUGACCGUUUACGAGUUCACUGUCACUGGUUCGUCGAAGCGAGAACAAUCGAGACAUGGAACAGUCGAUCACCGUCGUUUGGCGCGCGCAUCACGCGGAAACGGUCGAACAUCGACGAAUGUCACUACACCGAUCGAUCACGAUCCCGCUCCGGUUAAUCUCGAAUUUUGGAGCUCGUGCAACGUCGUGUCCCCUUGUGUGCAGCGUUGUUGCGACGUAUUCAUCGUCGCGUUCAUCCAAAAGAUUCUAUCACAAUCAACACUCACUUGGAUUACCAACCGGUGGGACCAAACAACGGAAGUGGAAUGAUCAUUCCCAAUACCGGAUAUCAACAGGAGCCAUCAACUUCCAUCGUAAACGGCAUUCGUCAGAAAACCGAAAGAAAGGUUCGAUCAUCGGAGUAUACGAUGUUCGAGGUUGCGUCCACCGUAAUGAACCAAAUCGAUCAAAGAUACCGGGCCAAUUUGCGAACGUAUAGACGAAACAUCGUUCUGAACUAAACGAUCGAAAGAAAGAGGCGA